UAGACAGCCUGUUUGUGCGCUCCGAGGCUUUCAGGGGACAAGUCUAACUGGGCACGCUAAAUUAUUUGUUGACAGAGGAACCAUUAAGGACCUAAACUUGGGGACUUAUGCUUUUUUUGGACUGUGGAUUCCCUACAUGACAAGCUGAAGAUCAUGUCACUCCCAGAAGAGGAUCUCACAUGCCCAAUAUGCUGUGACAUCUUUACGGACCCUGUUUUGCUGUCAUGUAGCCACAGCUUCUGCAGGAGCUGUCUGAAGCGCUGUUGGGAAACAGGGUUACGUGUGUGUCCAGUAUGCAGGAAGAAAGCCUCCAAGGCCAGUCCUCCCACCAAUUUGGCUCUGAGAAAUGUCUGUGAGGCUCUUUUGCAGGCCAGGGGGAAUUCGGCGCUGGCGGAAGAGAAGAUGAACUGCAUUCUGCACGGGGAGAAGUUAAAACUCUUUUGCCUCGUUGACAAACAGCCUAUCUGUGUGGUGUGCCAGUCUUCUAAACUGCACAAGAGUCACGACUGCUCACCUAUAGAGGAGGCAGUGCUGGACUGCAAGGAUGAGCUUGCUUUAUCCCUCAAGAACUUGCAAGAUAAAGUGGACAGCCUCAAAAGAAUUCACAAGACCUCCACAGGCGUGUUCAAGUACAUCAAGAGUCAGGCACUGGAAACACAGAAACUUAUCAAGAGCCAUUUUGAGGAGAUCCAUCAAGCCCUCUACCAAGAGGAGUCGGACAGAAUAGCGGCUGUGAAGAAAGAGGAGGAAGAGAAGAUUGCAGGAAUGAAGGAUAAGAUUAAAGAACUUUCUGCAGAGGUGCUGUCAUUCACAGAGACCAUCUCAGUCAUACAGGAGCAGCUGAAAGAGGACGAUAUUACCUUGUUGAAGAAUUUCAAAGACAUUCAGGACAGAGAAAAAAGCACAGCCUUUGGUUCAGACAACAUGUCCGGGUUACUGAUUGAUGUGACCAAGCAUCUCUGCAACCUAAAGUUUAAAGUCUUGGAGAAAAUGCUGGAACACAUUGACUAUACUCCUGUUAUUUUGGACCCAAACACAGCACACCCCUGCCUCAUCCUGUCUGACAAACUCACUUCCCUCCACUACUCAAAGCAGCACAGCUGUUGCCCUGACAACCCAGAGCGCUUCCACAUGAGCGCUGAAGUUGUAGGCAUGGCCGCGCUGGGUUCAGGAAGCCACCACUGGGUGGUGGAAACAGGAAGUAAUCAGGACUGGCUCCUGGGCGUGGCCUCUUCUUCUGUGUCUAGGGACUGUGAGAUCUCUGCUCGCCCUGAGAACGGAUUCUGGACUUUGUGUUUCCGGGACGGAGAGUUCAGGGCAAUGACCUCCCCGCCCACCACACUUACAGUUACAACAGCGCCAACACAAGUCAAAGUGCAACUGGAUUACAACAAAGGGGUGGUGUCUUUCUUUGACCCUGCUGAUGACACACUCAUUUUUGCAUUCACACACAUGUUCACGGAAACUUUACUUCCAUAUUUUUAUACACAGAGCAGUCAUCCAUUGAGAAUAAUGCCAGAGAAGGUACUUGUCACGAUGUUGCGUCAAUGAGUGGAUGAAGGAUUUAUUAAUUAUGAAGGAAAAUAUGAUCCCAGUCCUAUUUUGAUGGAUGACAAACAAUUUUAAGUUUGGAUCAAUGGAUUGAUUGGAUGUAAUGUUAAUUUCUCUUAAAUAAGUAUUACUCAUCCAAGUAAUUUUGCUGCUACAAAAACAUAUUUUUGCUACUUAUUCCUCCUUAAAUAAAUCUUCUGCUGAGAGAUAGAUAAGAACAUUGAUAACACUCACAUGUCUGUACAACAAUUAAGAAUCUACUUACGGUUAGCUAAACUUAGCAUAGCAUAAAUCCUGAA